AUGUCAAUCCACAUCACCCUCCGCCGUAGCGCGGUGAGCACCGCCCGAGUCAAGCCCUCCACCACCUACAUCUGCUCGCAAUGCCGGCAUGCCACGCUCCUCCGGCGCCCCAAGCGGCCCUACACCUUCACGCAGCUCAUCACCCUCUCCGACGGCAGCACCUUCACGCACCGCACCACCUCCCCGACUCCCGUCUACCGCUCCACCCGCGACACGCGCAACUCGCUGCUCUGGAACCCGUCGUCCAGCAAGCUGAUGAACGUCGAGGAGGACGAGGCCGGCCGGCUGGCUGCGUUCAGAGCCAAGUUCGGGCGCGGCUGGGACGCCAAUACGCCUGUUGAGGGCGAGGAGGGGGCGAAGAGCAAGGAGGCCGAGGCGGCGCUUGCGCAGGAGGAGGAGGAUAAUCUGCUUGAUUUGAUUAGUUCGUUUGGGCAGGAGAUGGAGCAGGAGGUACCGAAGAAGAAGAAUUAG